AUGGCCCUCCCAAAACACUUGCAGGCCGGACUGACACCCGACGAACUCACCUUCCUGGCUGAAGAAGAGGUGGUCCAAGUCGUCCCCCUCUUCUCCAUGAGUCGCGUGCGUCUCCUCAGCGGUGUUUAUGGACCAUUUCGACCGCCUGCCCGCGCACAGGUUCCGCUCUGGCUCGCGCUCAGUUUGAAACGCAAGCGCAAGUGUCGGAUCGUACCGCCCGUCUGGCUGGCUGUUGAACCCCUCAACGCACUCAUCAAGGAAGAACGCGAACAGAACGAGAGCUUCGAACCCCUACCACGGCGGUUCUUCGAGGUCGCCAAAGUCCUUCUCGACGUCGCGAGCGACGACCUCACUGAACCAGGCCAAAUCCGCAGCCUGCUCAAAGACCUACGCGAGAUGCGGCAAGCCAAGACCCGCAUCGGUCUACAGAGCGACGGCGUCAUGCGCGGAAGCUAUCUACAAGUGACCAAUCUCACCCCGUUGGAACUGUGCGAACUCAAGCCAUUCCUGGUCAAGGCCAUGGGUAUGAUGCAGGGCCUCGAACGCGAGACAGACAUGUAA